AUGUGGACAUGUUUGUAUGAGAUCACCGAAGGGUGGUAUCAACGCAAUGCUGUGUCGAUGUGCGCAGUGCUGUUUUUCAAUGGUUGGGACUGGGAGAUGCAUUUGUGUUUGAAUGGCGCAAACGGGAAUGCAGGGUGGUGUCUUGAUGGUGAAGGUGAAAGAGGCUUUGCUGUGCAGGGGAAAAACAUCCGGGCCGGUUGGCGCCGCAAAAUCCAACAAGUUUUUUACCUCAUCCCGCCUUCUAAGCACUUUGAUUCUUCGGCAUUGGCGUCCUUGGCUUCACCUUCACGACUUCCCAUCCAAGAAGUUUUCCCAGAAUUUCUGAUAUGCCCGCCUCGCCUCAAAUUAUCAGGAAGCGCUUUCACCGCCGCCCAAGCUGUACCACUGCCCGAGGCCGCGUCGUACCCCAUCCAGCUGAUCACGCCCGAGGAGGAGAGCUGGACGAGAGCGGAUGUGGAUGCGGCGUAUGUCGCUGAGGAGUCUUUGAUCGUUGGGCCCGUGAAGAUCAGCAUCGACCUCUCCUCACUAGGUCCUAUUGGCGUCCAGAGCCUUCAUUCACCGACGAAAGAUGACCAAGAUUUUCAUAGUACAGUUACUUGGGCAGGGCAAAGCUACACGAAUGGCAUGGCGAACAGCACGAUCAUUGUCGAGAAGCCACUUAGCGAUAAAGUCGUCGCAAUAGGAUCGUAUGAGGGGGUGUUGGUGUUUCUUGGUGGAUCCGUGAACGGGACUGUCAACGCGAGAACUCAGGCUGUUGGUAACUCUUCAUCUUCUUCGUCUACCUCCGCAAAGAGCAAUGGUAUUCGUGUCGGAGGCGGUCGUGGUACGCAAUCUUGUCUUGGUGUACCUUGUUGGGUCUUGCGUUGUUAA